UCUGGUUACGGGCGGAAGCUGGCUGGUGUUGGGCUGUAUUUCAGAUGUGGAAUCUGCCCUGGAAAAAUGGUGGAUAACCGCUAUGCCACCGCACUAGUGAUCGGCUCCGUCCUGAGCCUGCUGGCUAGCGUGUACCUGUCUGUAGCAGUGGGUACUCAGCACUGGUACCAGUACCGGAGCCUGCCUGCCAGCAACGACGCCAGCAAUGCCUCUGACCUGAAGUCGUUAAAGGAGACUUUCAUUGAUGAUGUGACUGAGAAGUCGUACAGUGAAGCCCUCUUUCGCCUCAAUGGCACCCUAGGCCUGUGGUGGCGCUGCAUUCUGGUACCUGAAAAUACCGUUUGGCCACAACAACCUGGUGUUAACAUGGUGACGAAAUGCAAGGCCUUCACUUUACCCCAGCAAUUUGAAACCAAGUUCAAGCACCCUGGCAACUUCACUGGUGAACAGGAUGUGCUCCGUACCUAUCUAUGGAGGUGUCAGUUCCUGUUCCCGCUGGUGUCCCUGGGGCUGGUGUUCCUGGGAGCACUGAUUGGGGUGUGUGCCUGUCUCUGCCGCAGUAUCACCCCCACGCUGUUUGUCGGACUACUUCACCUGCUGGCUGGCAUGUGCUCUCUGGCCACAGUAUGCUGCUUCCUGGCCGGAAUAGACCUGCUGCACAGAGCAUCCGAUUGGUCAGCGUUUCGGGACCACUCCAUGGGCUGGUCCCUCUACCUGGCUCUGAUCUCUGCCCCACUCCAGAUGAUGGCCGCCGCCCUGUUCAUUUGGGCUGCUAGGAGCCACCGGAAGAACUACACGCGCAUGACUGCCUACAGGGUUGCCUAAGCAACGGCAGAACUCUCACAUGGCCAGCUCGUAAACCCGGUGGGACAAUAUUUUCGAGAAGCACCUCCAUGUUUUUGUUCAGGUACCUGCUUGACCACUGACUGAAGAACUUUGCUUACAUUAGAAUUGAACUGCUCAAGGUGACGAACACUAUUACCAGACUGGUACAACUGUUUUGUUCCCUAUAUAUGUAUGCACACUUUUGAUCCCAAGUGCUUAGGUUAUCAAAGAAUCUUGCAGAGUCACAAGUUCUGCUCCUUCACUUCAUUAUGGCCUUGUUCACCACUCUGUUAAACCCCUAUGCAGCCACACAAAGAGCUGGACGGAAACUCAAAAGAGAACUGUGCAGUGAGUUGUCUAACCGCAUAGACUGGUUGCUACAGCAAUUACCAAGAAAUCGAAGAGGUCACAAACAUGUAGAACCAGUUUCCUGGACAUGCAUUAAGCCUGUGUCAGUCUUGGGCUGAACUGAAAUGCCAUGAGUUACCAUUGGAAAUUCAUUUUAGUCUAAGCUUUUGUUUAUUCUGGGUCUGGGAAACUAAUCUAAAAUAGCCCAACUGACCUGCACCUAUCUGACUACUAACAAAUAGCCAUUCACAUAGAUUUGUUAGUACAAGAAGUCAUAUAUUUUUAAAUUUUCUUUGACCGACUUUUUUCCUCUGCAUAUGUGACAAUUGAUUUAGCAGAACCUGUAUUUGUAUUUGCCUGCACUGAGCAUGUCUCUUCCUUAAAUUAUGAAUCGGGUAAAAUUAAUUAUAGUGUUUUUAUGACGUUUUGGACUGUGAUGCCACCCCAAAACACAUAGCUAUUGGUUUAUUAGAGGAUUUGAUACACAUUCUCUUGUGGUAUAUUGAAAGUUUACAGAACUUAAAGAAUCAAAUAGGCAUAUUUUUAGAACAUGUUUGGUUUGGGUCAUUUGGAAAGCGUGUUCUGUGAAAUAUUGAAUUCCCCAGCGGAUUAAGCCUAGAAGCCAUAUUUCAUAUUUGUGAAUACACAGCUAAACUGUAGCCUGUAUCUUACUUUCCUAAUGUCCUGUGUUUAUAUAUGCUGGUAAAACUGUUAAAUGUAACCAGGUUAGUUUUGUCUACAUGAAUACUAUGUAAA